AAGGGUCGCCAGCACAGCAAGUCCGGGGCAUGCGCCAUGCCAUCUGAUCGGUAGGCCACCGAGCCGUUGUGAGGUCGCAGCUCACCAUGCGGCCUUACAAUAGACUACACAUUGACAUUGUACAUGCUGAGAAAAGGAGCCAUGCAGACUGUGAAACUUGCUAAUGGCGUCCAAAUGCCCGUCCUAGGCUUUGGAGUCUACGAAGCGCGUGGCGAGGAUUGUGUAAAGGCUGUGCAAAAGGCAGUCGAAGCUGGGUAUCGCCAUUUUGACACCGCUUUGGCUUACAGAAACGAGCAUCUCGUCGCGCAGGGCCUACAACAGGCUGGCUUGAAGCGCCAUGAUGUCUUUAUCACUACAAAGCUGCCGCCCGGGUGCCGAGGCUAUGCACAAACGCAGAAAGCUAUUCAAGAGUCACUACGCAAUUUAAGCUUCCCUGAACAGCCAUCCUUUAUCGACCUCUACUUGAUUCAUGCGCCGUAUGGGACGCGUGAGGAGCGACUAGGGCAGUGGCACGCCAUGUGCGAAUCGGUGGAUCGUGGUGACAUUCGAGCAGCAGGUGUCAGCAACUAUGGCAUACAUCAUCUACAAGAACUACUAGAUUCUGCUGAAGUUGAGAAGCAUCGACCCGUGUGCAAUCAAAUGGAGCUGCAUCCAUUCCUUCAGCGACGGGAGCUUGUUGAUUUUUGCAGGCAGCGUGAUAUCGCUAUGGCUGCAUGGGCACCCGUUACGCGGGGUAUGUGCUUGACGCACCCUACAGUCCUUGACAUCGCACAAAGGCACCAGGUCAGUGCCGCACAGAUCCUCAUUCGCUGGUCAAUCCAAAAGGGAUUCAUGCCUUUACCCAAGAGCAUCACACCUUCGCGCAUCUUGGACAACAUCAAUGUCUUUCACUUUAAGCUGUCAGACAAGGACAUGGAAGAGCUGGAUGGCCUCGAGGAAGGCUUGACAACCAGCUGGGAUCCAAGCUCGAACCCUCUCUAG